AUGGCCGACUCUGGUGAUGUGAGCUACCCAAACACGGGCAGUGAGAAUCUAGGCCUUCGUGAUGUUGUCACAAAAGGUCCCGUUGUCGACAACCUCAAAGCAGAGAUGUCCAAGACUUCGAGCGAGUUUCGCGAUCUAAACAAUGCUCGAGUCACCCCUUCAACCACAACCAGUACUGGCCAGCCUUUGACCCACUACCACUCGCUGCUGUACAGUCUCUUGAGCUGGGAACAACCUCGCGCCACCGCUGUCUCCUACGCUACCGUGAUCACCUUCAUCUUUGCCGCCCGUUACCUGCCUCUGAUUCGCUGGGCUUUCAAGUUCCUGUACAUGUCGCUCGGCUUGACCGCUGGAGUUGAGCUUGCUGGGCAGGUCAUCCUCAAGCAAGGAAUUGCGAGCUCUUUCCGUCCCCGUCGCUAUUACACCAUUCCAAAGGAAACCCACGAGGCAAUUCUCGAGGAUCUGUCUCAACUGCUCGACUUCUUCGUGAUUGAGUUCCAGCGUAUUCUUUUCGCCGAGAAUGUUGUGCACACCGUUGGCGCUUUCAUUGCUGCCUUUUCCGGCUACUGGCUUGUCCGCUUCGUUCCUCUCUGGGGCUUGGCUGUCAUCUCCGUGACUGUAGCCUACCUCGGACCCCUCGUUUACAUCAGUAACCGCGAAAUUAUUGAUGAGCAGAUUGCCAAUCUCCAACAGAUUGUUAGCUCCCAGACGAACCAGCUCAAGGAUCUUGCUGGCGAGCGUACCUCCCAUGCUACCGGUGUUGUGAAGCAAUAUGUCGACGAGUACAGCCACAAAGCGCAGGAGAUCAUUGGCCGCCGGUCUGCAUCCCCCGAGAUGACCAAGGCUCCCACCCCUUCGAAGCCCCAGCCUGCUGUCGAGCCUGCGAUCAAGACCGAACCUGCUGUCGAGCCCAUGAUGAAGGCCGAUCCUGCCGCCGAGCCCUUGAUCAAGACAGAGCCCGUGCCCGAGCCUACGUUCAAGACUGAGGACUUCCCGGAGGCGCCCAAGAUGGCACCUAUCGCACAGUCAAUCGAGUCGGAUGAUGCCGUUUCAGCUGCCACGGAGCGGGAGCCUCUCGUGGCUGUGUAG